AUGGACCGCAUCAGCAAAAUCCACCGGCCGACUCCCUCUCCCAUUCCAAAAUCGUACGCCUCCACCGAGGCAAUGCGCAGAUGGGCCGUCACGAAACCCUCAAAGAUCGCCGCGGACGACACCAAGAUGCAGAGGACCUGGGAUUUCAGUCGCUCCGGCAGCGGUUGGGCCUACAAGCCCCUCACCACCGCGCAGAAGUACGAGCAAUUGGCGAGGAGGGUGAGGAAUGAGAAGAGAAAGAAGGGCAUUCUGACAAAUGCGAAGUACCUGAAUAGCGUGAGAGUGGAGCUCCGGCUGGAAGAUGCAGGUGGACUGGACAUGUCCGAGGAAAUGGAGGGGGAUGAGGACGAUGAAGAUGAAGAGGGAGCUGGAAGGGUGCAGGAAGCGGGCAAGAAGAGAAAGAAAAGCACAAGUGAGAAGAAAGACACCAAGCGGCGGAAGACCGAGGGGAGGAAACUUUCACCAACAGGAGUCCUCUCCCGGCCUACCGCAAGAGCAAAACAAUUCCGCAGCAAUCUCAACUGGGAGGCAACAAACCUCGUCUUCCCACGCGUUCGCGGAACCAAAGGUCGCGAUAUUCGCAAGUCGGAUCUACACGUACCACGAGUCACGCUGCUGCAGCUAGAUGAAGGACUCCGCAAGAAGAUAUGGCGACUCGCGGCUUCACAGCCCGAUCAGUGGAUCGACAUUGGAUCUGAGAUAGGACGAGAGCAGCCGGAUCUUGCGAUGGUGAGCAGACAAGUCCGUGGCGAAGUCCUGCCGAUCUAUUAUGGGGAGAACACUUUCGGCAUUGUAUUAGGAGCCGGCAGUAGGAGUCGUGGAACAGCAGCAGCAGCAUUUGGCGGUCCAAGCGGUAUCAUGGCUCUGAAGGAAUGGACCAGCGCCUUGUCCAAGAAGAAGAACGAGGGCGGCAAGUGGUUCAGUAUGAUCAAGCGCUGGUGCUUCGUCUACAAAGGAUCUGGCCCGGUACAUGAAAGCAACGAAUUCGACGCCGAAGACUCUGUCGUCUCCAUGGUCUUGACAAACGCCGGAGAUCCACACUUCCAGAUCCAUCGCCGCGAGGAGUGCAUUUCCACCGAGCCAUGCGACUGGAAGUUGAGUGAUCUGGACCUGCUGUCGAGAAUCAUGAAUACUAUCGGCAGCGACGGCAGGAUCUCAAAUGCCAAGACACUUUCAAAACUAGCUGGAGGACUGUUGGGCAUGAAAGCAGAAUUGGCACCGAUGAAAUGUCAGGCAGGAUUUUUUCCGGGCCCUGACUUUCCCACGACCAGUCCGCGACCCCCAAAUCUCGGACCGUGGCGCCCGACACCCGCUCCAGAGCUACAGCUGCACGAAACGACGUACAAAUUCGACGAUCCAGACGAGGCCUCGAACGAAAAUUGGACGAUAAACGGUGACUUGUUGCUCGGCUCCGAUAUGGAUCUGGAAGCCCCGGGAGUUUCAAACGGUGAUUGGACACUGGAAGGCGUUUGA